GUUAAAUGAGCCAAACAGACUGAGGACGACAGCAGAGAAGAAAGCAUCUGAAAAGCAAAGCUUAUAGGAUCAUGAGACUUUACAUCCUUUUCAGUUUUCUGCUUUUGGCCGUGAUUUGCAGCUCUCGUGUUGAUGCUAGUCGAGUGACAUUUGGCCCCCUCUGCAGUGGUAACACAAGUAACCGUAAAAGAGGAUGUGAUACAAAGUAUGGCUGUGGAAACUAUGGGGCCGGCCGUGGGAAUCGGAAACAUAUGGGUCUUGACAUUGUGUGUGCUGAUGGUGCCACAGUUUAUGCUCCAUUUGAUGUGAAGCUGAACGGCAAAGCUGCACCAUACAUAAAGAACAAUGCUAUCAAUGAUGGCAUUAACUUAAGUGGAGAAGGUCUCUGCUUCAAGCUGUUCUACGUUAAGCCGGACCGUUACACCGGGACCCUGAAGAAAGGGCAGAAGAUCGGAAGUCUGCUCCCAAUGCAGAGCGUUUAUCCUGGCAUCACUUCCCAUGUUCACGUUCAAAUGUGUGACAAAUCAGAUCCCACCAAGUACUUCUGAUGCCGAUGGAGUUGAUGAUCACAUGCAACGGCAACCAUCAAACCACUUUAAAAUAUUGUGCCAUUUAUAUCAGCUUCUUACCUUAUUUCUUUAUACUGGUGCCCAGCACUCUGCAAUCUAACAAUAAAGUUUUGAAGACUA